AUGGAUCCCAGGCGCGCCGUGGUGCUGCUGGUGCUGCUGCUCUUGGUAGGCUGGGGCCACACCGAAGGGCCAGGCGGCCACGAGGAAGGAGACUGGGUCCCAGAGGAAGACAGUGGACCCCGCCUGCCCCGGGAUGCCCAGGCCCCCAGGUCACUGCUGCACUCCCUGCUCCAGGCCAUCGAGAGACCUGGCCGAAGCCAAGCUUUCCUAUUUCAGCCCCAGAGGUUUGGCAGAAACACCCGGGGACCCUGGAGCAACAAUCGGCUGAGUCCCCGGGCUGGCGAGGGACUGAGCCCCCAGUUCUGGAGUCGGGCUGCCCCCCAACGCUUUGGAAAGAAGUGACGUGUCAUCCCUUGAUGUGUUUGCAUGCAAGGCCUCUACCCAAAAGUGCCGUGUGAGUCCCCCAAAUAAAGCUGCCUGGCUUCUGA